UCCUCUGUCAGUGAAGAAGAAGAAAGAUGAAGAUGAAGCUGGUUUGGUCUCCGGAGACAGCAUCAAAAGCUUACAUAGACACAGUUUAAUCGUGCGAGAAUCUGGGAACGCCGGGGGCGACGGAGCUGAUCGCAGCCAUGGCGGCGGGCUGGAACGCGAAACUGAUAGUGGAAACAUGGUCUGAAGGCGAAGCCAUAGCCACGAGCAUUGGCUUAACAGUCGCGGCCCAUCACACAAACGCCAAACACAUAUGCAUCCUACCAAACGCGAGUUCCCAGACCGCUUAUCUCCAACUCCAAAGCCAUAUCAAAGAAGAAUCCGCGUUUUCCUCAAACGCACCAGAGAUCAUCGUCGCUGAAAAUCCCGAGAAAGCGAUGAAGAAGCUGCAAGGGGUCGACUUCCUGGUCGUUGAUUGGCGGCAUAAGGAAUUGGCGUCGGCCGUUUUGCGAAACGCUGCGUUCGGUGGCCGAGGAGCGGUUGUAGUCUGUAGAAGCGGUUACUCGACAAGUGCUUCGGGGUUCAGCUGGAGAAGGGCGUUGGCCAGAGACCGGAAAGUUGUAAGAACGGUGACAAUUCCGGUGAUGGGAGGGUUAGAUAUCUCACACGUGGCAGCAACUAAAACGGAAAAGGAAGAUGAUAACAAGAGAAGAUGGAUCAGACACAUUGAUCAAAGAUCAGGAGAAGAACAUGUUAUCAGAAAAUAGGGACAACACAAUUUGAUUGGUC